AUGUCAUCUCCUGAAUCCCUCGCUGAUGAUUCCUGCGAAACAAAAUUUCAAGAAACCAGCAAAACUCUCGAUGUUCCCGAAAUGAACAUCCACGAGACCAGCAGCUCCGAAACCCUCAACGCACCUAAAGCUCCUGCCACUCCAUCUCCUAAGAGCAAUGCAGAAUGGGGCAUGAUGCAGCAAGUCAUUCAGAACGCCCGGCGCGACGAGGCAGCCGGCUACAAGCGACGCGAUCUUGGUGUGACUUGGCAGAACCUGUCUGUGGAGGUCCUCGCUGCCGAUGCCGCUGUGAAAGAGAACAUGAUUUCUCAAUUCAAUGUCGCUCAACUCAUCAAGGAUAGACGCCGGAAGCCCCCACUCAAGUCGAUCUUGUCCGACAGUCAUGGCUGUGUCAAGCCUGGUGAAAUGCUUCUUGUCUUGGGUCGACCUGGUUCCGGAUGUACCACGCUUCUUAAGAUGCUUGCCAACCGUCGUGAAGGAUAUCAUACCAUCAAUGGUGCUGUGCACUUUGGUAACAUGACGCAUGAUGAAGCAGUCAAAUAUCAAGGCCAGAUUGUGAUGAACACGGAAGAAGAGUUGUUUUACCCUCGCUUGACUGUCGGUCAAACGAUGGAUUUCGCCACUAAGCUUAAGGUCCCCUUCCAUCUCCCCGAUGGAGCCAAGAGCGUUGAUGAAUAUACUGCUGAGACUAGGCAAUUUCUUCUGGAGUCUAUGGGAAUCUCUCAUACGGCCGACACAAAAGUGGGAAAUGAGUUUGUGCGCGGUGUAUCUGGUGGAGAAAGAAAGCGAGUUUCUAUUAUUGAGUGCCUCGCUACAAGAGCUUCAGUAUAUUCAUGGGAUAACAGCACGCGCGGUCUAGACGCCAGUACAGCAUUAGAAUGGGCGAAGGCCCUUCGUGCUAUGACCGACGUGCAAGGCCUUUCCACCAUCGUCACCCUUUAUCAAGCAGGGAACGCGAUUUAUAACCUAUUCGAUAAGGUCCUCGUUCUUGAUGAAGGAAAGCAAAUUUACUACGGACCUACUGCGCAAGCAAAGUCGUUUAUGGAGAAUCUGGGUCUGAUGUAUACUGAGGGGGCGAAUAUUGGUGACUUUCUCACUGGUGUGACUGUUCCGACCGAGCGGAAGGUUAGACCUGGCUGGGAAAACCGAUUUCCCAGAACCGCGGACGCUAUUUUGACCGAAUACAAAAAGUCAGCGAUAUAUAGCAAUGAAGUCUCUCUCUACGACUAUCCCGACAGUGACGUUGCCGCUGAGCGCACAAACGCAUUUAAAGAAUCUGUUGCUUGGGAAAAGUCCGAACACCUUCCGAAGAACAGUGACCUGACCAUCAGUUUCUGGGCUCAGAUCUCUUCCUGUACUCGAAGACAGUACCGGAUUCUGUGGGGAGAGAAGUCUACUUUCUUGAUCAAGCAGAUUUUGUCAUGUGUUAUGGCAUUGAUCGCUGGUUCUUGUUUCUACGACUCGCCGAAUACCACUGAAGGGCUCUUCACCAAAGGCGGCGCAGUCUUUUUCUCCCUGUUGUAUAACUGUGUCGUGGCUAUGUCUGAGGUCACUGAGUCGUUCAAAGGACGGCCUAUUCUGAUCAAGCAUAAAAGCUUCGCUAUGUACCACCCGGCUGCAUUUUGUCUGGCUCAAAUCAUGGCCGACUUUCCUGUGUUGCUGUUCCAGUGUUCGAUCUUCUCGGUUGUUAUCUACUGGAUGGUUGGUCUGAAGCACACCGCGGCUGCAUUCUUUACCUUCUGGGCUAUCCUCUUCACCACAACUCUUUGUAUCACUGCCUUAUUCAGAAUGAUUGGAGCCGCAUUCAACACCUUCGAAGCCGCCUCCAAGAUCUCCGGAACCGCUGUCAAGGCCAUUACCAUGUACGCUGGCUAUAUGAUUCCCAAGCCAGAUAUCAAGAACUGGCUCGUCGAGCUGUAUUACACAAAUCCUUUUGCCUACGCCUUCCAGGCCGCCAUGUCUAAUGAAUUCCAUGGCCAACACAUUCCUUGUGUGGGCCGAAGUCUCAUUCCCAACGGGCCAGGGUAUGAGAAUGCCCCUGACACUAACAAAGCUUGUGCAAGCGUUGGUGGUGCUACUACUGGUGCUACUUUUGUGACUGGUGAUGAAUAUCUCGGAUCCCUUCAUUACCACGCCUCCCAAAUGUGGCGAAACUAUGGGAUUCUCUGGGCUUGGUGGGGCUUUUUCGCGGUAUUAACCAUAGUCUGCACCUGCCUAUGGAAAGGUGGCGCAUCUGGAUCUUCUCUUCUUAUUCCUCGUGAGAGUCUCAAGAAGCUCCAGACUCAGAGUGAUGAAGAGGCUCAGGGGAACGAGAAGGGCGCUCCCCGUAUGACUACAGAUAAGCCCGCCGAGGUUGAUGAUGAGAAUCUUGUCCGCAAUACGUCUAUUUUCACCUGGAAGAACCUUACAUACACCGUCAAAACCCCCACUGGAGAUCGCGUUCUGCUUGACAACAUUCACGGCUGGGUCAAGCCCGGCAUGCUUGGUGCUUUGAUGGGAUCCUCCGGCGCAGGUAAAACGACCCUACUUGAUGUGCUGGCUCAACGGAAAACCGAAGGUACCAUUAAAGGCUCUAUAAUGGUUGAUGGUCGAGAAUUACCUGUGUCCUUUCAAAGAAUGGCCGGUUAUUGCGAGCAGCUAGAUGUUCACGAGCCAUACGCAACCGUGAGAGAGGCCCUACAGUUUUCUGCCCUUUUGCGUCAGUCCCGUCAAGUCUCUAAAGAAGAGAAGCUUAAGUACGUCGAAACCAUCAUUGAUCUCCUUGAGCUUCACGACCUCGCCGAUACCCUCAUCGGUUCUGUGGGCAAUGGACUUAGCGUUGAGCAAAGAAAGCGUGUCACUAUUGGCGUGGAACUAGUUUCAAAGCCUAGUAUUCUCAUUUUCCUGGAUGAGCCUACCUCUGGCCUUGACGGGCAAUCAGCCUACAAUACGGUUCGGUUCCUUCGAAAGCUUGCCGAUGUCGGCCAAGCAGUUCUUGUCACCAUCCAUCAGCCUUCCGCGCAACUUUUUGCCCAGUUUGACACCCUCUUGCUUCUCGCCCGGGGGGGCAAGACUGUCUACUUUGGAGAUAUCGGCGACAAUGGAGCCACCAUCAAGGGCUACUUCGGCAACCACGGUGCCGUUUGCCCCCCUGAAGCUAAUCCAGCCGAGUUCAUGAUCGAUGUGGUUACUGGGGGUAUCGAGGCUGUUAAAGAUACGGACUGGCAUCAAAUCUGGCUUGCAUCGCCAGAGCAGCAUACCAUGAUUACCGUUCUGGACAGAAUGAUUGAAGAUGCUGCAAAUAAGCCUCCUGGAACAACCUCUGAUGGCUAUGAAUUCUCUAUGCCUCUAUGGGAACAAAUCAAGAUCGUCACUAAGCGCAUGAACGUCGCACUCUUCCGAAACACAGACUACGUCAAUAACAAGAUGUCCUUGCAUAUUAUCUCCGCGCUCUUGAACGGUUUCUCCUUCUGGAGACCCGGCCCAAGUGUGAAUGCCUUAAACCUAAAGAUGUUCACAAUUUUCAACUUCGUCUUCGUUGCACCUGGCGUCAUCAAUCAAUUGCAACCCCUGUUCAUCCAACGGCGCGAUAUCUACGAUGCCCGGGAGAAGAAAUCCAAAAUGUACUCUUGGGUCGCCUUUGUUACCGGACUUAUCGUUUCUGAAUUUCCCUACCUCUGCAUUUGUGCUGUCCUUUACUUCGCAUGCUGGUAUUACCCUGUCUGGAGACUUCCUCACAACUCUAACCGAUCGGGUGCCACUUUUUUCAUUAUGCUUAUCUACGAGUUCAUCUACACCGGUAUCGGACAGUCCGUCGCUGCCUAUGCGCCUAACCCUACUUUCGCUGCUCUCGUCAACCCUUUGAUAAUUAGCGUCCUGGUCCUCUUCUGUGGCGUCUUUGUGCCAUAUACCGAGCUUAAUAUUUUCUGGAAGUACUGGCUGUACUACCUGAACCCGUUCAAUUAUGUUGUUUCCGGAAUGUUGGCUUUCGGCCUCUGGGAUGCCGAAGUUAGCUGUAACGAGGAUGAGUUUGCCGUAUUUGAUCCUAUCAACGGUACCUGCGCGCAGUACCUCAAGGAUUAUAUGGCUAGUCAGGGUUCUAUGGUCAACUUGAUCAAUCCAGAUGCUACUUCCGCCUGCAAGGUAUGUGAGUACACUGAUGGCAGCAACUUCUUGGAAACUCUGAACAUCAAUCAUUAUUAUGUGGGAUGGAGAGAUGCUGCGAUUUCUGUUAUCUUCGCUAUCGGUGGAUAUGCUCUAGUCUUCGGGCUGAUGAAGUUGAAAACUAAGGCUUCGAAAAAGGCAGAGUAG